AUGUCCGAUCGCGAGUUUGGCGGCAACGACGAUCUGUCGUUGCCAAAGGCGACCGUGCAGAAGAUUGUGCAAGACAUCCUGGCGACUGAACCCGGCAUGACAUUUGCAAAGGACUCGCGGGACCUGCUCAUAGAAUGCUGCGUCGAGUUUAUUACGCUCAUCUCGUCGGAGGCGAAUGAGAUCGCCGAGAAGGACGCGAAGAAGACAAUAGCAUGUGAGCAUGUCAAGGCCGCGCUGGAGGAGCUGGACUUUGGCGAGUACGUGCCGGCAAUUCUCGACGUUGCGCAGGACUACAAGAAGCAGCAGCAGAACCGCGAGAAGAAGCAGACCAAGAUCGAGCAGAGCGGCAUGACCGAGGAGGAGCUCAUCCGCGCGCAGGAAGAGCUGUUCCGCUCAGCCACUGACAAGUUCAACUCGGCGCCGUCGUAG